AAUUUUCCUUAAUCCUUUUGUUUUUCAUUAAUUUGAAUGAAAUGUUAUGCAAGGAUACAACACUAAUAAACUCGAGUUUUUGAAUAAAUGGGGACUGGAAUUCUUCGAAAUUCAGGAAGUGUAUUAUUUGCACAUCCGUUGUCGUGCGCGAUUACGGAUAAGGAACGAAGUCUACGUAUAUGAAUUGUGCUGUCGGUAUCUCUGAUGAUUCCAGGUACUGCUGCCAAACAUCAGCGAUCAGUCGCUCAGCAAACUUCGAUCGAUCCAAAGACCCGACGAUCCAAUAGAUUUUCAAAUAAAAAAUAGAUAUAACUAUAACCACAUAAAAUUUAAACCACAUUCAUUUAAAAACCACUAUACAAUUAUGGAAGUGCAAGUGGGGUGGCCGAAGUUAUUUAAGAUGGGCGCCCAGUUGGUGGGCCACAAGGUUCAGCAGUACCGCCUGUCCACAGGGCACACCGUGACACUGGACACCAAGUUCGGGCAGGUUCGGGGACUCCAACGGAAGACGGUGUACGACGAGGAACCUUACUUCUCCUUCGAGGGCAUACCCUAUGCCAAGCCGCCGGUGGGUGAGCUCCGAUUCAGGGCUCCUCAGCCACCGGAACCCUGGCAGGGAGUGCUCAACUGCACCACUUGGCGAUCGAAGCCCAUGCAGAGGAACAUGCUCCUGGGGAUCGUGGAAGGCAGUGAGGAUUGUCUGCACCUAAAUGUUUAUGUGAAAACCCUGAAGUCGGAAAAGCCGCUGCCCGUAAUCGUGUGGAUAUAUGGAGGUGGUUUCCAGAAGGGCGAGGCCUCCAGGGAUGUUUACAGUCCGGAUUACUUUAUGAAGAAACAGGUGGUGUUCGUCUCUAUCAACUACAGGUUGGCAGCACUAGGAUUUCUCAGUCUUAAAGACCCAAACUUAAAUGUUCCCGGAAACGCUGGCCUCAAGGACCAAGUAAUGGCCCUCCGCUGGAUCAGCCAGAACAUCGCCCACUUCAACGGCGACCCCAACAACAUCACAUUGAUGGGUGAAAGUGCAGGGUCGGCUUCCGUCCAUGUGAUGAUGACCACCGAACAAACGCGGGGCCUCUUCCACAAGGCAAUCCUGCAAUCGGGAUGUGCCCUAAGCGAGUGGGUGGAAAGUCCAGAUCACAAUUGGGCCUUCCGGCUGGCGAAGAACUUGGGCUACAAGGGCGGCGAAAGGGAUGCGGAUGUACUAGGCUUUCUAAGCAAGGCAUCCGCUCGUCAGAUAGCAGCCAUAGAUCAGGACGUAAUCACCCAGGAUGAGAUUCGGAGCUUCCUGCUCUUCGCAUUCGGACCGGUGGUGGAGCCCUAUGAGACCGAGCAUUGCGUGGUGCCCAGGAGGCAUAAGGAUCUGUUAUCCGAGGCCUGGGGCAACGAUAUACCAGUUAUUAUGGGUGGAAAUUCCUUUGAGGGCUUGUUUUCCUACCAAUUGGUGAGGAGUGAUCCUUGGUGCCUGAAGAACUUCCACAACAUCCUGCCGAGGGAAGUUAAGCAGGUCAGUCUGGAGGAGCAGGAUCUACUGGUUCAACGACUCAAGAAACUCUACUUCAACAACGAGAUGCAGGAAUCGAUGGAGACUUUUGAGGCUCUAAAUAUUUUUUCCCACCGCCAAAUUUGGCACGACAUGCAUCGCCUGGUUCUCGCCCGUCAGACCUACGCCCCCGACACACCCACCUAUCUAUACCGCUUCGACUUCGACUCCCCGCACUUUAAUCAAUUCCGGGGAUUGGUCUGCGGCAACCGCAUCCGCGGAGUGGCCCAUGCGGACGAACUGUCGUAUCUCUUUUACAACAUAAUUGCCACAAAACUGGAGAAGUCGUCCAAGGAGUACAAGACCAUAGAGAGGAUGGUGGGCAUGUGGACAUCGUUUGCAUGCAGUGGCAAUCCAAACUGUCCGGAACUGGGAUCUGCCAAAUGGGAGCAAGUCCGGCUGUUGGAACACGACGUGGAAAGGUGCUUCAACAUCAGCUAUGAAUUGGAAAUGCGAGAAUUGCCGGAGGCCAAGUCCUUGGCCGUGUGGGACUCAUUCUAUUCCAGCGGGGCUCUCUUCUAGUCCUUAAAUUUUUUUUAUUUGUGUUUAUUCUGGAUAGUUCAUGUAUAGCUCUUACAAUAGUUUUUAAAUAGCAAUUUAUUCCUUAAGAAUGCUUACAAAAAUUUCUUUCUUUGCUACAUUUUUUAAAUGCCCGUUUCAUCCAUAAUAAUUGCAUUAUUUGAUACCAAAAUGUUAUUGUUUACGGCUAAAGUCUGUAUGUAUUCAAAAAAAACUAAAAUAAAGAAUGAAUGUAUUUAUGAAUUGUUUAUAGGUCAUUGUUAUUUUUCAUUACCGAAUCUAUUAAUAGAAAUAAGAGAUAAGAGAUUUGGACAUUAAUUGUAUUUAUUCUAUAAAUAAAAUGUUUUUGCUUAGUGCUUAUCUGGACAGAAA